UCUGUCAUAUAAUUUUCUUAUCUUUAUAUUUGUAAAUCUCUGUCUCUGUUUGGAUGUCAUAAUUUUCGAUAAAUUUGUUUACUAAUUUAAUUUUAUACAAUUGUUUAUUAAUUUAUUCCUCUAAGUGAUUAAAGUAAUUUAUUUCAUUUAUUAAAAUAAUGCAAAAUAAAAAGUAAACAAUGGAAUCAAGCAUCGAAAAAGGAAUUAAAGUUUACACCACUACUGAAAACGAUAAUCCAGAAAUAUCCAAUGAGGACUACAAUACUUUAUUUGUUUACCUAUGUGCAUUUUGCGAUGAACAAUUUCAUUCUAACAAAUUCCUUGUAAAACACAUGUCCAAUGAACACUUUGUGGAGGCUGAAAAUAAAGAAUUAAAUAACUCAAUACAAUACUCGGAAGAUGAAUCUGAAAGUUACAUAUUGGAGGAACUUAAAAAGCAAACUAGUGAUGAGCUGUAUUCUAUUGAAACAUUAUCCAAUAAGGAUUUCGAUUUGGAACAUCAAGUAGAAGCGGAUACAGAAGGGUUUGAGUCUGACGCCUGGGUAUUAGAAUCGGAAAAUUUAAAUGAAUCUACAAAGACUGAUGAAAACAAAAUUAAGAAAAACGAAAAAGAUUAUAAUCGGUCAACUAAAAAAAAAGGAAAAUCAAAAACUCUCUAUGAAUGUGCAUAUUGUGAAAAGCAAUAUCAGAGUAAAAACUCUUUAGAAAAUCAUAGAAAAGUUCAUGAGGAAAUUGAUAAAAUCAAAUGCCGGUAUGAAUCGUGUUCAAAAUCGUUUACAUCGAGCUCUGGCUAUUUCCAUCAUAUGCGCACGCACAACGAAGAAAAUCAAUUUCAAUGUGAAUUCUGUUCGAAGGGAUUUUUCCAGAAGUGUAAUCUGGAAGUUCAUAUUCGAAGAUUCCACACUCUUGAUAAACCAUUUAAGUGCCAAUAUUGUGAGAAAGCAUUCGCUUCGAGCACCGAUAGGCAAAUACAUCAACGUCUUCAUACUGGUGAAAAACCUUUUUUCUGUGAUCUUUGCGAUAAGAAGUUUAUUACGUCAUCGAAAAUGUCCUAUCAUCGGAAAAUGCAUUUUAAAGUAAAAAAAUUUUGUUGCAAGAAAUGUAAUGAGAAAUUUUCAACGCGAAGCCUUUUAUACAAACACAGUUUAGAUCAUGAAACAGGAACAACUUAUGACUGCGAUGUUUGUGGAAAAAGAUGUAGACGUAAACAGACAUUAAUGUCGCACAGAAAACUUCACAGUAAAGUAUAAUUUGACCUUAAUGUUUGUGAAAAAUGAUUUCCGGACUUAAGCACACAUUAAUGAUGCAGACGCAGGAAACUUCAGAGUAAAGUAUAAAUUUAAAUAACUUAUUUAAAAAAGUAAUACAAGCACAUUUUAUGUUCCUUUUGCAAAACAUUCUUUAUUAAAACUUAAUUUAAAAACUCAAAGACAUUAAAACAUAAAACUUAAAAGUGCCAAAUAUUCAAAUAUAAAUAUAAGAUAUGCCAAAUAGUAUUAUUUGUAUUUAUACAGAUAUGAACAUUAAAAUAGAAACAACAGAGUUUUAAAAAUUCAAUUUUUUAUUGAUUUUAAAAGAUUUUUUUUUACCCAUUAUUAUAUAGUAAAAUUAUAUCUUAAAAUAUUUAAAAUUCAUAAAUUUAAAAAGGAACAAAUUUUAGUGGACAUUAAAAUAGAUACACAGAUUAAAAAAAAUUAAAUUAAAUGCAAAGCUAUUCUGGAUUUAAAAAUUAUUUUUAUAUCUGUUAGCCUGGCCCUUAGCUUUAAUUACAGUGUGACAUCAGUUGGACAUUGAGUCAAAUAAUUGGCGGCAACUGUCAAUUGAAAUAUUGUACCACUCCUGUUGAACCAUCCCCCACAGUUCAGCUUUAUUUUUUGUUGAAUAUUUUCCAACCGCGCAUUUAAAAUCACCCCCAAAAUGUUGUAUGGGAUUCAACCCAUUAAACCCAAGCACCUUAAAAAUAAUGAUAUAUGAAAACCCUUUAAAAUCCUGUUUAAUUAGUUCUUUAUUUGACCAAAAAUACACUUAGAAAAAAAAUAUUUUGAGUAGUUUGGCACCUCUCACAUAUCCAUCGAACCCUACUGUGGCAUAUCCGGCAUCGUAGUUGAUUUUAAAGUUUUUUUGGGGAAAUGUCCUCCUUCACUGUGAAUCAAUUUUUUUUGCUAUUAUGGCUUAUUUGGUGCUUUUGUUGAUGGCCCGGAAUGUAAAUAAGUCCUCGUUGUUAUUCUGACAAAUUGUAAGUAGAUUGCGGGUUUCUUUGGUUUGCAAACAAUGGAGUCGCCAAGCAUUUACCACCAUUGAGUUGAUCAUAUGUGUGAAGAUCGACCCCACCCAUACCCUUGUUGUGUGCCACUAAUGGUUUUGGCUGUGGAAUGAUUACCCUCUCUUUUACUGCUGCUGACCAUCGUUUGCCUCUUCCAAGAGGUUCCAGGGUGUCGUAGUUUGUUGCAACUGUAACAACAGCAUUGUCCUUCCACCGCGAGUUAUAUAUGUUGUUCCGAAAGAAAACAGUGUUGUUUGUUCUUCGGGUCGAUUGCGACUGCCGAAUAAGUUUUAUUAUUCAAAUUAAUCACUUAAAGCUAAGGUCAAUGCAUCCACUUCCCGUUGGCCUUCGGAUAUUGCAAUGUAUCGAUUGUCAGCGGAAAGUGGUGUUGAAUUACAUUAUGGGUUGCGAAGUAACACAUAUGUUCCGUCAUCAAGUUUGCUGACUUGCAUCUAUGUAACUCGCGCGAACAAAAUGUUUUUUUUUUUGUGAUGAAAGUAACCACGAUUGGCCUUCAUUACCGUCUUCAAGGAUUUUAAUGGAAUUUUUGUUGUUCUAUUGUCACGAACCACACCUGUUGCGCGAAAUCCUUUUUUGCGUAAUGGUAAAAUAAUUGUAGGAAAAAAAAACGAUGUGGUCACUUGGGCUUUUUACUACUUCCAGUAAAUCAAGAACCACUCGAGAUCCAAAUGGUAUAAACACUUAUUGCUUCGAACUACAUUUUUGGCACCGCAAGUCACUCUCAAAAUUGAGCGUACACUUACAAGAAAUUUUUGGUAACUUUUUUUAAAUUUCUUUUAUUUAAUAUAUUUACUUACAUAAACAAAAGAAAAAUUAUGAAAAACAAUAAACAAAACAGAAUACAAAUUCUAAAACUUAAAAAUGGUUAAAAUUCAUGACACAAAAUUGAGCGUACAUUUGAAGACAUAUGUGGAAAAAAAAGUUAUAAGGUGGUAAAAAUAAAAAAAUAAUAUUUUGUAGGACCACCUUUAGCCUCUAUCACAGCUUGUAGGCGCCGCUGCAUCGAUUCCACAAGUUUUGUUGUGAAAGAAGAGGGGAUAUUCUCCCAAAUUUCUGUAAUCUUCGCCUUCAAUUCGUUUUUGUUGCUUGGAUAGAAAUUCUUGAGCCUUCGCUUGAUUUCUUCCCACAAGUGCUCAAUCGGAUUGAGGUCCGGUGACUGAGGUAGGGUCUUCAGCUGGUUUCUGGCAUUAUACAGCAACCAUUCCUUCACAACAAACGACGUGUGUUUCGGGUCGUUAUCCUGUUGGAACUAAAAUUCAGCUGGUAAAUUUAGUUUUUCCGCAGACUGACGCAUGUUUCUUUUGAGAAUAUCCAGAAAUUUUCACUUGCCCAUAAUUGUGUCAAUGAACUCAAAUCUUCCCGUUCCACUUGCAGCCAUAGACCCCCAUAACAUGACACUACCUCCACCAUGUUUCAAGGCGCUUUCGCCUAUUCAUCUUCGAAAUGAAGGGUUUUUUCCUAGCAACUCUCCCAUUUACAUUGUUUCUCCGAAGGACACGACGAACAGUUUCGGUAGAUACUGGUCUCUGAAUAACAGCCGCCAUCUCUGCCGCCAGCUUGGGUACACUUAUUUUUGGUUUUUCUUUAACUUUUCGCAAAAUUACUCUCUCAUCUUGUUGAGACAACAUUUUUUUUCGUCCCCUUCCAGUUUUGUUAAAGAUCGUACCUUCGUAACGGAAUUUGUUUAUAAUUUUUUGCACCGUGGAAUGAGUUCGCCCGACAAUAUCACCAAUUUCCCGCAAAGAUUUUCCUUUUAAAUGUAAUUUUAAUAUUAGCUGCCUUGUAGAAAUGUCGGUUUCUUUUCUUUUAUCUGCCGUUUUACAAAAAAACUUUAAAAGGAGUGAAUUUUCGCGACUCUUGAAAUCUCGACAGUAACUACAAUCAAAUUUAAUGUAGUGACAAGUAAAAGUAGCGGUAAAUUUUUUGUCUGUUACAUUUAGCAAGCCAUUUAUACAGGGUGUACGCUCAAUUUUGUGUAAUGAAUUUUAACCAUAUUUCAGUUUUUCUUUAAAAAAAUGCGCUUUUUUACUGUUCAAGUAAUUUUUUUUCUUAUAUGUGUGAGAAAAAUAUAAUAACGAAAAGAAAUAUAAAAGAAUUUUGGAAAAAAUUGACAUG